AUGGCUGAAGAACAGAAGCCUGUUACUGCGCAGGCGACCAACGCUGAGGCCGAGAAGGAUGUUCAGGAUGUGCUCGCAGAACUGAAGGGCGAGACCGAUGCGCCUGCUAAUGGUGCUGAAAAGAAGGACGAUGCUCCCGCCGACAAGUCUGAGGACGCGGAAGAGGCCCGUAUUGUUGCCGCUGCUGCUAAGCUCGGCGAGAAGUCAGAGAAGACCGAGAGUGAAAACAGAACAGAGGACCGUGGUCGCGAUCGCCGGGCUCGUCGCAACGAGAGCAAGUUCGAUCCCUCCGCGCAGGAGGAGACCGAUGACCCAGUGGAGAUCCGCAAGCAGGUCGAAUUCUACUUCUCAGACUCCAACCUUCCCAUGGACAAAUUCCUCCUCUCCAAGGUCGGUGGCAGCAAGAACAACGCCGUUCCCCUCGAGCUUCUCCACUCUUUCAAGCGCAUGCGCCGAUUCCAGCCCUUCAGCGCCAUCGUCGAGGCACUCAAGCCUUCCGAGACCCUUGAACUCACAGACAAUGAAACCUCCGUUCGCCGCAAGGUCCCCCUUCCCGAGACCGUUAAGGAUACCCACGACCCCACUGUCGUCAAGGUCUUCGAGGACCAGGCCAUGGCGCGCAGCAUCUACGCCAAGGGGUUCGGAGAAGAGAACCCUACCACGCAACUUGACAUUGAGGCCUUCUUCGCCCCCUACGGCCCCGUCAACGCCAUCCGUCUUCGCCGGACCAACGACAAAUACUUCAAGGGAAGUGUGUUUGUCGAGUUCGCAUCAGAGGAGAAGCAAAAGGCGUUCCUGGAACUGGACCCCAAGCCCCAGUGGAAGGGCCAGGACCUCAACAUCAAGAGCAAGAAGGAAUACUGCGACGAGAAGGUCAAGGAGAUCGAGGCCGGCCGAGUCAGACCCAGCGGUGGUCGUGGCCGCGGCGGCCGUGGCGGUCGGGGAGGUCGUGGUGGCCGUGGCGGCCGCCGUGACAACAACCGCGACUGGAGAGAUCGACGGGAUGAGGACCAGAAGCGAGGCUUCCGAAACGACCGUGACCAAAAGCCCGAGCGCCGCGAGGUCGAGAAGGACGCUAGCGGCGUUCCUAUUGUGCAGAGCACCGCCGACUCCACGGGCCAAAAGCGCACCCGUGACGAAGACGCGAACGGCGACCACCCUUCCAAGAAGGUUGACACGAAAGAGUAA